UGGCCCUCCUCCUCCACCACACACACACACACACACAUAUACACACACAAACACUCACUCACUCACUCACACGCCGAGCUCAAUGAGCGCCGAGCUUGUCCGCACACACGCCUAGUUUCACCCGGUCCGGUCACUCGAGCCCAGGAAUGCCAUGGCCACUCAGCCCAACCAGGACUACUUCCGCUCGGUCAGCAGCGAGUCCACUACCUACAUGAUGGUGCCGACGAGCGGCGGCGGCCGCAGAGAGUCUCCGUCCAAGCUGUGGCUCGCCAUGGUGGUGAUCGUGGUGGUGGUGCUGCAGAUCGCCUCCACCACAGGACUCUUCCUCUACCUGAACAUGUCCCUGUCCCAGGUAAAGAGCCAAGGAGUAACAGAAGAGCUGCGAUGUCUUAGAUUGCUGAACGCACUGGAUAAAAACCGGGAUAUUCCAGAGGACCUGGCCCAGCUCUUAGGAGAAUCCUGCGUGAAACUGGCUGAAGGCAUCAAGGCUUACAUCUCUAAGGUAACAGAGAACAUCAUCUCCAGACAGACAUUACAAGAAGCAAGAACCUUACCGCAUGGUUACAACACUACAGGGGCAAGGUUUGUGACACAGAGACCUUCAGCCCACCUCACACUCAGCAGCAUACAAGGUUCCACGCCUCAGUAUCCAAGUCCAUCACCGGAUCUGCACCAGUCAUGCCGCCACCAGGUUCGCUCCUGGGCCAAUCAGAGCUUUGGGGCCCAUCUGCACAACAUGUCCUUGGCCAACGGGCGUCUCCGUGUGCCUCAGGAUGGCCGAUACUACCUUUACGCGCAGGUUUACUUUCGCUACCCGUCACCCAGUGAGGGGGAGCAGAAGGGCACCAGCCACCAGCUGGUUCAGUGCAUCUACAAGAAAACAUCAUACCUGAGACCCAUCCAGCUGCUGAAGGGUGUAGGCACCAAGUGCUGGGCACCUGACGCAGAAUACGCCCUGCACUCCGUCUACCAAGGAGGUCUGUUUGAGCUGCGUGCUGGCGACGAGGUUUUUGUGUCCGUCUCCUCUCCCACAAUGGUGCAUGCUGAGGACUCAUCAAGCUACUUCGGAGCUUUCCGGCUGGACCUGUGAGGUCAGAUCAGAGGAACUACACCAAGGUUACAACAUUACCCAAGAGGCACUGGGAGGUUUUCAUGGUCUCUGUCUCUGGUCACAAGGGACAGCUCAGACAUUGCAUUGCUUUAUUUUCUUUUAUUAGAUCGUGAUUUAUAUAUAUGUAUGUGAAGGAAGUGGUUCAGACAAUUGGACCCCCUUUUUAAGGCCGAAGAAUGUAUGUAUAUUUUUAAAAGCACAUCAAAGAUGUGGAUCUUGGAAACGGUAGCCGAAAGGACAGUAGAGUUUCCAGAACUUAGCAAGGCUUCAUCUGUGCCAUCAUGCGCAUGGCUGAUGUAUGAGAAGAAAAACUGGGCUUUCGCCUCAGGCCACUGGGCAUCGGAUAUAAUGCAUUUUUCACAUAUAUUGAGAUGCAAGAAGAGACGAGCGUGCCAGGGGAAAGAGGAGAGGCGUAUGCUGUGCAGAUGCAGGAAUCCUCUGUGGCCAGUCCGACCAGUGGAGCAGCAUGCAAUCACAGAUGGAGACCUAAAAUCAGAUACCAUGACCUGGACACUAUCUCUCUCUCUCUCGCCCUCCCCGUUUCAUACAUACACACACAGAAUGCAAAAUGCACUUACUUAACCUGGUAAGCCAGAGAAGUGGGUGCAUAAGAUUUGUUGAUCCUUUCAUAAAGUGGUCAGACUCACUAAAUCAAAGGCACCGACGUGUUUACUUUCAAAUUCUCAUAAAUUGUAUACUCCCACUUAAGUCCUGCGUUCUACAAAGCAGAUACGCCUCACUCGUCCAAAGAAAAACACGCCCUCGUGCAACAAGAAGGCCGUCCACUUGGCUCGGACAUCUGCGAUUAGAAAGAGAGAGAGAAAAAAAAAGGGUGUAUGAAAGGUUAAACAAACAGUGUGCCAUGCAGUUUAAAUGUCACACCCGUGGCCUUUUCGUGCUUUGUUUUCUCCAGAGCAACAUUCUCAUGAUCACAGACAUUUUCAGUGGAAUGAUAUGUAUGUAACCUUCCUCUAAUUCUCUUCCCAGUUGUAUGUGUAUGCGUGUAUAUGUACAGUACAGUACAUGGUGGUUAUUUAAGUGCCUCAUACAGUAUAUUGGAAGUGAGUAACACAUGAGAUAUGAUCUCAACUCCAACCUACUGAGGUUCUGACCCUACAGAGGGUGAGUGCAAACGAAAAAAGAAAAAAUCUCCAGGCCAACGUCUCUGCCGAUACAUAUCAUUUUGAUGGACAACAGUGUAAGCAUUCGGCAGUAACGCUUAAUAUAAAAGGCCGGAUUCUUGAUAAAGGGCCAAGUUGGACUUCAAUGUAAAUUUUUUCUUCUUCCUGACUGGACUCAAGCCCAAAGUUUCCCUGAUAAUGCCACUAUUCUCCAGGCCUAAAAAGCAACUGCUGCCAGUACACAAUGCACACAGGAGCGAACUGCAUAGCCCAAGCACUUUCUGUUUCCUUUGCCAAGGACUUGGCUGUGAGCCACAAUAGAUGCUAUAAAUCAUUAUUUCCAUCUGGGACGACAUCUUGGAAGGAGUAAAUGCAUCAAGGAGACGUAUUGUGCAACAGGCAUAAUCGAUUUGACCGAGCGUGAAUGCUUAAUAUCAGUCACUGUAGACGCGAAUGCCGAAGUGCCUUUCAGUGCUGCGUUGAUUUAAAUGUGUUCGCGUGUGAGACUGUUGGACUUGGGCUGCACAAUCAGAAUAGCAGAGGUCACGGCAGGGUGAUACAAAUGAUUUGGCAACAAAAUAAUAAGACCAUACAGAAUCUGAGUUAUGAUUUAGAAAACUAGCCCACACUUUAAACUUUGAAGCUGGGAUGUAUGCAUAAAUUGCUUUGUGUUAAUGUACAACUUGUUUCCAAAAAUGACAUUUUAGCCUUACUUUAGUUUACAGCUUUGUGUGAAUUCUUAGUAACUAACACUCACAAGGCUAAUUGGUGGUCAUGGUCACUGUGCAAAUGCUACACCUUGCAUGCAAAACACACCACAAAACUACAUCUGAAAGCAUGCAGGCAUGCACAAGUUCUUCUUCUUGGUUGGGUCAAAGACAAUAACUCUCCAUACCAGCAGGUGGCAGUAGUCUAUCUUUAUAAUCAGUGACUCAACAGUUAAGUUUUACAUCUCGUACAACUAUGGUAAAUAUAAUGUAAGUAUUAAACACUAUCUACUAGAAAAAUCAAUUCAGUUACAUAUUGUGAUUCUGUACCGUGGCAGUUCAUGUAUACACACUGACUGCAAAAUUGAUUUAGAUUUUUUUCACAGUUGCAUUUGAGCUAAAAUGUUGUCAAUCCUUUUUAAUCUUACAGGUGGUGCACUCUAAACUAUCAGGCAAGCAGCACAGCAUCCUAUGUGGUAUAAGCAAAUUAUUUGCAGGGUUUGUUCAGAAGUCUAACAAAAUGUGAAAAAAAAAAUCCUGGAUAUUGCUAAAAUUGUGAUACAAAUAGAAUCAGCACCAAAGUAUUGUGAUAAUAUCGUAUUGUAUGGUCCCUGGUGAUUCCCGUCCCUAAUAUCUACUCAGUCUGUGUCUCAGUAGGGUUACAGCAUUAACAUACAGUAUAGUACAGUAAUACGCAGUAAUCAGUAGCAGUAAUCAGUUCAAACACAAAUAAAACGCAUGCAGCAUAAAAAGGCAAUUUACCGAAGGGGAAAGGACACCAGGCAUGAAAGAUGUGCAUUUGCUUUGCGCUGACAUUAUCUGGAUGAUCUGUGAAUUCACAAACUGGUUUUGUGGCAAAUAGAAAACAAAAGGUGGAGUUAUGUUCUCUGGUAGGUAAAAGUGCAGGGUGCUAUUUACUAUUUAUGCUGUUAAUGUGGAGCCAUUUCUACAAUCUGUAAUUAUGUUAGAAUGUCAAAAGAAUGUGAAAACAUCACCAUCAUAUCACAUGCGUUCCUUCCCUGAACUGUCUCAACAAUGCUCGAAGCACACAAUGGUUUAGAAUGUGUAUCUGUGUUUCGCUGUAGCAUUAUAUGAUUUCACGUCAGUGACAUUAAGAAGCUCAAACCUGUUCCAGCAUGACAAUGCAGCUGUGCACAAAGUGAACUUUGUGAGCACAUGUUGUACCAUGGCCAUGACCUCAACCUCAUUCAACAGCUUUGGGAGGAACUGGAUCAUCGGUGUGCACCAGUUCUCCUUAUUCAAGAUCUCACUAACUCUCUUCUGGCUGAAUGAACAUAAAUCCUCACAGCCAAGCUUUAAAAUCUAGUGGAAAGCCUUACAAGAAGAGUUGGGGUAAUUGUGAUAGAUUUGGAAAGAGAUGUUCAGGAACACAUUUGUUUGUGAUGGUGAUCGUCCAUAUACUUUUGGCCAUAUAGUGUAUGCUUGUAUGAUUGUGGUAAAGUUAGGUCUUUUUCUUUCUUUAUCCAGUAGGACGUUCUUGCUUGGUAUAUUCCUGAACGAACCAGCCUAGCUAGACGUUUUUUUUGUUUGUUUGUUUGUUUGUUUUUUCAGUAAGCUCUCUUUUGAGAUUAUAAUUUGUCACUUCAUUGAACGCAGAAUUACUUUUUGUUCGUGAUGCAAACCAGACACAUGAAAACUAGAUAGACAUAAUGCUCUCAAAUUACCAACAGUCAACCUGCUAAGUCAGGGUCCUUAACAGAAACACUUUGGGUGCACAGAAGUCCACCAGGACCACAUGUUUGCCCUAAAGUAACCCCACACCGACUUGAGGCACAUGCAACUGAGUGAGUGUGAGCAAAUCGAACCUUCACUGUGGAAUCCUGGCUAAACACAAUCGAGCAAGCGCUGCUCUCUAAAGCCUGAUAUCGAGAGUGUUAGUGGUUAGUGUGCGGCAGGUAACAGGUCGCCAUGGACAGGCUAAAAUACUUACACACUGCAGAAUCCUAACAGCUUUGAACAGAUUCCAGACGUGAUCGCCUCCACGACAGACAGAGACAAACCAAAAUGUGAAAAAGGUGAAAGAAUGGUGUGUGAGUGUGUGUCUUGAAGAUGAUUGUACAAAACCAUGGAUGCAAUUCAUGAAAUGCCCUGAUCGGAAUAUUAUUGAACUGUUUGAGUCUUUUUUUUUAUUAUUUGAGACCAAACUAUUUUGUGCUGAUUUAUUAUUUUUUUUUUAGGAAAAAAGAAAUGAAUGUAGUCCAAACCCCGCGAGCAAUACCGAACAAAGGGGCUUUUGUUUUUCUACUUCUGCCCAGGGCUGUGUUUCUUCCCUUUUCUUUUUUCCAAUUGGUCAUAAUCUGUAUUUUACCAAUAUGUGUGUUUCAUUUUUCCUUUAAUGAAAGAUACCAUGCACUGUUUACCACUGUUGUUGUUUUUUCUAUAAGAAUGUACAAAUGUUUGAUGAUUGAAUAUUUUCUGUUUAAAAAAUCCUUUGAUCUUUUGUGAUCUGUGAUUUUAAGGGACAUGUGUCAUUUCUAACAAUUAAAGUGCUUGUUUUCCAGCAGA